UCUGCCCGACCGCCACCGCGCCGCCGCCUCGCGUCACCGCCACCACCACCGCGCGCCGUCACCGCCCGAUCCGCGCGUACUCACCAAGUGCCGACGACGACUACCAGCACAGCAGUGCAUUGUUCGCGUCCGUCGGCCGUGGUACCGCGUCACCCGGUGAGCCGCGCGCGUGAUUCUAAUCAUGUAAAAAUCAUAAUAAAUACAAUAAUUCAAUCGAAAAGUUCAUAAUAUUAUUGUCUCAUAUAUAGGUGCUUUACCAUUUGAGACACUCGUGUGGCACGAAACGCUGAGGCUAUGGUAUAGAGUGUCCGAUCUUUCGUGCCGUCCGUCGCGCGCGCUAGUCCGUAUCCGCGUGCAGUGUUCGGUGCGCGCGCGCGCCCGCGUAUAUAAUAUGUAUAGCGUACGGUAAUAAGUCGCCGCGCGCGGGUCGAGAGAUUUCCGUCGGAGUCGUCGUUCGUUUCCUCGGUACUCGUUUGAUAUUUCGUUGGUUUUCGAGUGCGUCGCGCGAACGGGGCGCCGGCCACCCCGCCGCCGCCGGUGGCCAAUCAAUGCGUACCGCUGGUGCCGCCGCCGCUGCCGUCGUCGCCUCCUGUCGACGGCCGCAACACAAGAUUUGAAAAUUACAAUGUAAUCGUGUAAUACAUACGUGUAUUACAAGACAUUCAGCAUGUCGUCUAGAAAAGGCACAGAAACAUUUACCGGCGGUGAGAGUCAAAAACCAUCUUCAACUUUAUCUAAAACAAAACAAAAAAAGGCAUCUAACGCAAGUGACUCUCCACCUGGACUAAUCAAUUUGACGAAAAAAUCUGUUAAAAAACCCACUCUUUCUCAAAAAACUCUCAAAACUGAACAAAAAAACGUAAAACCGGCAAAAGUUAUUAAAAAAAAUGAAAAAGAAACUGAAGACUCGGACGAGAAAAAAGAUUUGGUGAAAAAAUCUGCUAAACCAAAGCUAAAAGAGAAAUUAACUCUAAAAACCGUGAAAAAGCCGGCUGUUAAAAAAGGAAAAAAUUCUAGUUCUACAGGAAAUAGUGAAAAAUAUGACAAGUUGCUAAAGACUAAAAAACCUGUAAAAAAACCUGAAGAUAAAGAAGAAAAGAAACCCAAAGAUAAAGUUCAGAAAGAUAAAAAGGUUAAAGAUGUGAAAAAGAAACCUAUUCCAAAACCGACAAAAAAGAUUGUAGAGGAAGUUGAUUCUAUAAAAUCACGUGUGGAGAUUAAGCCAGAUAAAAAAGAUAAACCAAAAAAAGCUAAAGCUAUUGCUAAAAAUAAGGUAAAAAUAAACUCAGCUAAGAAGAUAGACGACAAUCCCACUAUAGAAUGUAUGGACGUAGUAAAAGACGAAAAACCGGAGGAUGUCGCUUUAUUACAAGUUUUUCAAUUAAAAAAUGGUCCGGUUUGUGAUUUUGAUGGAAGUGUUUGUAAUACUAUAACGAUCAGACAAGAUAAUACUUGUAUAAAAAUUAAAGAAAUAUCAGUUAGCCAAUUGCCUUACUCGGUAAAAACGGAAGAAAAUGAAAAGAUGGACAUUGAGAAAGCACCUGUAAAAAAAGAAUCUAAACAUAACACUGAAAAGCAAAAUACUGAAAAGCAAAAUUCCGAUCAACAUAAAACUGAAAAACAGAAAACUGAAAAACAGAAAAUUGAAAAACUAAAAAGUGAAAAACAAAAAUCUGAAAAAGAAAAAAAAGAAAAACAGAAAGUUGAAAAAUCUGCAACAAAACCGGUCAAAGUUGAGAAAAAAAAGAAACCAUUGGUAGUAGAUAAAAUCAAAUCAAAAGGAAAAACAAAAGUAGUUGCACCAAAGAUCAAAGUUAAAGGUAGACCUGUGGCCAAGAGACCUAGAGUAGCGUCUCUCAACGCAAUAGCCAAAGUUCAUUGUUUAUACGAGAAUGAAAGUAAAAGUGCAUUGAUUGACGCUAUGGCUGCCUCUGCAGCUGCUACAAUAAAUGCGGCCGCUAAAAAAAGUAAAAAAAAAACAGAUGUAGAAAUACCAGCUAGAAAAGGAAAAAGAACGUCGAAAAGGACAACUCCGGGUUUAAAAAGUGUUGGAAGACAUUGGGAUAUGCAUGAUACAAGUUCCACUAAUAGUUCUUCAUCAGGUUUAGAUGAUGCAAAAUACGAACCACCAAAAUCAGCUAAACGUACGAAAAAGCAGCCAAAAGUUUCAGAGCCUGAAAGUACAGAUGAAGAAGAAGAACCCGAUAGGUCUUCCAAAGAAGUCACUUCGCCAACAGGUGGCUCCAAGCGAAAAAGACGUAACGCGGAUACUGUUACUAUGGACCUUAAAGACAUGGUUGUAAAAAAACGCAUGGCCAGUCUAAACGCAUCAGCUAUAUUAGCAGCCAGCUAUUCGACAGAGAAAAAAUCGCCUCCAAAAGGACAAGAUUGUUCAAAGAAAUCUACCACUAGUUCUGAAAUAUCUUCUGAAAGAUCCGAGCCAGAAGAUGACGCGGAAGAUGAAGAUUCUGAAGGGCAUAGAGCGUCCACGGUCCGUACAGCUCUUCAGCCAACGCCUUUGCCACCCAUUGUACCUCCACCAACGUCACAACUAGCCGUCAUCGUCAAUCAGGACACAGACGUUACAAUAACUACUGGUGUGUACGUCAAUAGUACUACUCGAUCUACGAGACAUGAGGAAUUUUGUACCAUAUCUGGGCUUCAAUACCGGAUAUCAAGUACUAGCCACACGCAAACCGAAGCAACAGCUGUGGCCACGGAAACUCUACUUCAUGCUGAUCACACGGUUACACAACAACCCGCGUCGUCGGUACCGGUCCCGUCUCAGCAGCAGCCAGCGGCUCCGCGUCCGUCGUACGCGCCUCUGACGGCGCUGUCCAGCAUGCAGCCGCCCGGUUCGUCGGGCGCUGACCAUCAUCCGCCGCCGCCGCAGCCACUGCCGCCGCCACCGCCGUCGCACCACCGGCGCCAUCAUCACCAUCAACACCACGGUGCUACGUACAACAGCGCAUUCUCCGCGCCACCGCCGCCCACUCAGGCCAACGGCGCAUCGUCCGACGUUUCCGACAACAUCGGCGGCAAACUCGAACAACCGGUGCCGCUACCGCCACCACCGCCUCCGCCCUACGCCCACGGUUACUACCAACCGGCCGGACCGCUGAUCACACACCACCUGGUGCCGCACCACGUGCACUUGCACCACCCGUCACACGUGAAACAGUCGCUGGCUCCACCGUUGGUGCCCACGCCGCCGUCGUCAGCCGGCACUGCCGCACCACCGCCUGCCGAAUCGUCCGACACCGAAGUGGUGCCGGUCAGAUCGACGUCGGUGCCGACACCUCCUGGUUACCGGUACCAGCCGCAGGGCCCGUACCAUCCGCCCCCGCUGCCGUCGUACUACCCGUCGCCACCAGCAUCGGCCAGUCUCCAGUACCCGCCGCCCCCACCACCCCAGGUGUCGGCCCACCACUACCUACCGGAGCCGCCAAAUCCGUGCGCGUACCCCGGAGGGCCGCACCACCAGCCCGGCUACUUCCAUCACAGCCGUAGCUCGCCGUACCACCACAUACCGUUCCACCACAGACGGCCGCCGGCUGCACCACCUUACGCACAGGCCGGUGGACCGCCCACGUACUAUCACGAGUACUACGGGCCUCCGCCACCCGGACAGCCGCCUGCGCCGACUGGUUCACCCGCGGGACAACAGCAGCAAAUGUUGGUGGCCAUCACCAGGCCCGGCGGCGACCGGCCCGACCACCAUCCGUCAGCGCCGCCACAGCAACAGCAUCAGCAGACGCAACAACAACAGCCGCCGCCACCGACGCCACAGCAGCAGCAGCAGCAACACCAGCAACACCUGCAGCACCAGCAACACCUGCAACAUUUGCAGCAGCAGCACCAUCACCAGCAGCAACAGCAGCAACAGUCCCUGCCGCCGCCGGACGCUUACCCUGCGCCACAGCCGCUCUACUACUCCCCGUACGGUGCGCCGCCCGGGCCGUCGUGCUACUCGCCCGCACCGCCCCGCACCUACGCCGUAGACCCAACGUACCAUUCGUGUCCGUGCCCAAUGCAAUCGUGUCCCAAUCCAAAAAACGGACAUACUGGCCCGCUUACUGGUGCAGUCAGUAAGGGGCCAAAACAUCAUUCGACAGUAGUUACACUUCCGCCUGUGGCAUUGGCACUGCCGCAGGAGCCUCCGCGGGCCCAUGGCCCGCCGAGCCCAGCCAGGGGUAGCGCCGGCGUUCCCGGACCACCGCGGUCCGCGAAUUCCGGCAGCCCGUGCAAGCAAGUCCCGUGGUGCAUGAGCCCGCUGAGCCCAGCCCGCGCUUCCGUGCAACACCUGGCUCCCCAGUCCCCGGCUAUGCUGGCCGCCAAGAACCCCACCUCCGAGUGGAACAACAUCGUCGCCGAAGAGAAAUGCGAUACUACCGGCCUGUUGGCCAUCGGCAAAGUCCUCAGCCAGUCCGUACUGGGCCUGGACCAGCCGAUCGACCACCACGAAGUUGUGGUGCCGAAAGUCGAACCUAUCGACGACGAGCAACAGCCACAAUCGUAUUUCAUGCUCAAGGUGGACAUGGCCAGCGAAGAGGACGGCGAUUCCGCGUCGGCGGCCGACGAUGAUGGUGGUCUUCAUCAGACCAUCGACUUGUCGACCAAGCCGCGAGAACGCCUGGAAGUGACUACUACUGUAUACUGCAACCCACCGGUCAACAACAACGACACCAUUAACAAUAACAACACCAUCAGCAACAACAACAACAAUAACAACAACAACGGUUAUUAUAAUAUAAACAUAGACGGCGACAAAAUCGUGAUGAAGGGAUCCGCGAAGAGGAAGAAACCCAAUCCCAUGCAGAUCGUCUUGGCGAAAAAAUCGAAAAUCCAAGAAGAAACCGAAGACGUGAGCGGUAACGGUGACGUCGAGGCGGUCGCCGUUAUCAUCCGCGAAGACGACGACGACUGUAAAGAAAACGUAGAAGAGACGACUAUGGCGACCACGACCAUGACGACAACGAUGACUGCAACCGCGACUACACCGCCGACAUCGACCGAAGAUGAACUGGUGCAGUCGUUAACUGCGGUCAACCGGAAGAACAGCAUCAAGUCGACGGAAGUCAAAUCCGAUCAAGAGAAAUUGGAUGAGUGCAUGACCGAAGAGAUAUUGCGGUCGGUGUUGACGGAUGAGAGCGAUGGCGACGACAUGAUCACCGAGGCUUUUGUCAAGAAAAAAGGCGUCUCAAAGAAAACGAAAAAAGGCAGAAAAGACCGAAAGAACGGAGGGAAUAAGAAAGAAAUGACCGACGCUAUGAAAAGGGAACUGGAACAGAGGAUGCGCGAAGAGUUCGCGCAGCUGUCCCGGCUCAAGAACCAAGAACUGUCGCCCAGGUGGUCUAACGGUUGGAUAUGGCAGGGAAAACCGUUCAAACGUCCCGUUUACCUAGAGAACGACGAUACACCAGUGUUGAGGAAAUGUUAUCCGUGCAUGCGUCACAUGCAAGGCGACACCAUAUACGCAAGGGACUGCGUGCUUCUCAAAUCGGGUUCUCGGAAAAACGACUUGCCAUUCAUCGCCAAAAUCGCCAACUUGUGGGAAGACCCUGUCAACGGAGAAAUGAUGAUGUCGCUGCUUUGGUACUACAGGCCGGAACACACGAAACAGGGACGGUUGAAGGAGGACAUGCCCGACGAGCUGUUCGCGUCCAAGCACAGAGACGUCAACAGCGUGGCCUGCAUCGACGACCGGUGUUACGUGUUGACGUUCAACGAGUACUGCAGGCACCGGAAGCACAUGAAGUCGGUACAAGAGAACUUGGUGCUGUGCAAGGCGGUGGUGCCGCCGUUGCGCGAGGCCAACCCGCGGGCCAGGCAGCUGCCCGGCGACGGUGCGCCGUCCGAUCUGAUAUUCUUCUGCCGCCGCGUGUACGAUUGCCGGCAGAAACGGUUGCUGAAGAAGCCGACGCUCUGACCAAAACGCCUCCGCAGCAGCCGACGCCUUCGCCGCCGCGCCAUCGUCCUCCACGUCGUGCACCAUCGCCGACGCCGUCGCCGCGGUUUUUCCAUACUACCGUCGCCGCGGUCGUCGUGUGUAUAUUAUUUAUUAUUAUGAUUAUUUUACUAUUAUUACGUACCAUUUUGAUUGUAUUCGCCUCUUUUCUUAAAUUAUUAUUAUUUUAUUGUCGAACGUUGCAAAACGAUAAUACGCGAUAUCAUAAUAGUAUUACCUAUAUCAUAUACCUGUACGACCAAUGUAUGGGCAAAACAUUUUUAAACUUAGUUUUUUUUACUGUUUCGUGUCUUCGCGGGGCCCGAAAUAAACCCCUUCGGACGGGAUCCUCGGCCCCCGAGACUAAAAAAACGGAUAUUAUAAUAAUAUUAUGUACAUAUUGUUAUUAUAUUGGCGCGCACCCCCACAACACUGCUGUGUGACAAUCGGGAGAGAUAUUAUUUGUAUUUUUUAAAAACAAAUUAUUUAAAAUCAAAAACGUUUUCGACCAUAGGGGUCGAGACGACGAUAAACCGAUAAACUGAUAAACGAGACACACAACACACAAACACCACAUCCGCGUCGUUUGCAUAAUGUGCGUAAUAUGAAAUAAUUAUUUUAUUGCGUAUCGUUACGCAACUGGUUUUACUCGUUAUAUUAUAUUAUAGACGAAAUGACAAUGUACCUAAUUUUAACAUUGACCGAUAUUUUUUUGUACCUAAAUUUUGUUUUAUUUUUCGGAACCAAAUCGUGUCAAAAAUCGUUUUUGAUAAUAUAAGAAAUCUCGCACACUCACACGCACUCGUUCGUCGUCCACGCGCUCUACAUAAUAUAUAAUGUGUAUAAUAAUAUAAUAUUUGUGUAUAAUUAAAUAAUGGCCUCACGCUCCGUUCUACCACCUACCUCUUCUUUAAUUCUCAUCGAGUCUUAUUAUUAUUAUUUUUUACGGAAAUUAGUUGAUUCUAUUUUUUAUUAUUAUAUUAUUAUCACUACCUACUAUACGCAUAUACUAUAAUAUAAUACUAUGAUUUUUCGUACUAUACGUGCGCAUCGUAAUUUAUACAAAAUAUUAUAUAUUAUACCGAUGAUGGGCAUUUCGGUUACUUGCGUGCUGCGUCUUUUAUACCGCGGUCCGUUCGCGUGGUAACUGAAUCGAUAUUAUAUACCCUCCCGCCGAAGAACACUAGUCCACAACUCACCCCCUCAUCGUAUUAUAGUGUCUUCUUCGCUUUAUUUUUUUCUGCAGUCAUAAAAUAUACAUUAUAUACGACGCCUCAUCGAUAUCUAUUUCGCUAUAUUAUAUAUGCAUAUAUGUUUAUAUCGUUCCAAUAUUAGAUAAUAUACUUUAAAUCACACACUUGCACAUAAUAUAUCGAAUCAUCGUUUAUUGGUGAACAGACGAUUGAAAUAUAAUAUUAUAGUCUCCGAGCCCAAGUUUUAUUCCAUUUUUGUUUCCAUCCACUAAUUAUAAUAAUUAUGGUUUGGCGGUACGACCAAAAUUGUAUAGG